GUAGUCCUGCCGCCUGAAGGCCGCGCGGCUGCUCAGCCCUCCCGGCUGGAGCGAUUACGUGGCUCGAGAAGCAGAGGAGAGGCGGGACGCAGGCGCGGCGUGAUGGCGGCUCCCGUGCGCAGCCCGUCGGUGCUCUUGCGGCUCUUGCUGCUGCUGGCCGGCCUCGCCUCGCCCGGCUGGGGCCUCUACUUCCACCUGGGCGAGACGGAGCGCAAGUGCUUCAUCGAGGAGAUCCCCGACGAGACCAUGGUCAUCGGGAAUUACCGGACGCAGCUGUUUGAUAAGCAACGGGAAGAGUACCUUCCGGCUACUCCUGGCCUGGGCAUGUUUGUGGAAGUGAAGGACCCUGAUGAAAAGGUGGUGUUGUCUCGACAGUAUGGGUCAGAGGGCAGAUUCACCUUUACUUCACACACACCUGGGGAACAUCAGAUCUGCCUACAUUCUAAUUCCACAAAGUUUUCCCUUUUUGCGGGAGGCAUGCUGAGGGUCCACCUCGAUAUCCAGGUUGGGGAACAUGCCAACGACUAUGCUGAGAUUGCAGCCAAAGACAAGUUGAGUGAGCUGCAGCUACGUGUACGCCAGCUCCUAGAGCAGAUUGAACAGAUCCAGAAAGAGCAGAACUACCAGCGGUGGCGAGAGGAGCGCUUCCGGCAAACUAGUGAGAGCACAAACCAGCGGGUUCUCUGGUGGUCCAUUGUCCAGACCCUCAUUCUUGUAGCCAUUGGAGUCUGGCAGAUGAGGCAUCUUAAAAGUUUCUUUGAGGCCAAGAAGCUGGUAUAAGAAAAAGUGUGGUUUGAUAUCAGCAAAAGGCCUGCAGUUCCCACAGGAGCCAUUCCCAGUUCUUCAGUGCCUGCACGGGUGCUUCUCCUCUCCUCAGUCUUCUUCCACCAGACUUGUUGUUGUCCAGGCUCAGUAUCAUCUACCUCUCUCUGCCUCUGUCCUUCCAUCUCUCUUCCUCCCUGCCAACAUCUCAGCCUGCUGUGGUUCCAGGGCAGCAGCUUCGCCUCUUAAGGCACUGUGUUCUCUCCAGACAAUCCAGACCUGCCCUCCCUCACUGUCACUCAUGUUCUGUGUGAGGAGCCUGUGGGGGGGAGGGGAUUUCUCUUGCCUAAGAGUGUCCCAUCAAAAAUCAACUCUUCCCAAGGGCACCCAGGACCUUUUUUCCCAGCCAGCGUCACAAAUGACAAAGCCAAGAAACUGAUGCCAGUUUUGAGCCCUGCUGUAUUUUUACUAGCUCUGACUUCUUGAUGCCGCCAGUAUGUUGCUUUGAAGAAAAGCACUGAAUAAGAAGACCUGGAAGCUCUGCCUGCAAUUCUCCUGUCCUGUAUAUUCUUAAUGUGAAUGGGAUAUGGAAUGAUUUUGGGAUUAACUGCUGUGGGAUUGGGGGAAUAAUAUUGAGACACUCUGUAUGUAUGUGUUGGGAUAUGUGAUAAUAAUUGGGCUAUUAACUGAGGAUAGCCAAGUAUUGAACUUUACUUGAUUUAUAUCUUCCUCUGUAGCUUGCUAGAAUUAAAUUGACUUUUCCUGUAUAUACACAACCACUAUUCUUCUGGCAGAUCAGAUGCCUCAUUUUCUUACGAAUGUGAGCAUAUUGGUUGUAAGCUUGGUUCUGAACUGCUGUUCUUGCAGCAGGAACAUGUGCUGACUUGCUUUUUCCAGCUGUUCCACCAGCCCAAUCAUAACUCCCAUUUACUUGGAAGCAAACCCUGUUGGUUUCAAUAGAAUUCCUUUCCCAAGGAACUUUACAGUCCAGGUCUCCUAGGGGUUUGUUUUGCUAAAUACAUUUAUGGACAUCCAACAAAUUCAUAUGGUUUGAUUAUAAUUCCAAAAUUAUUGAAGCAUCUUCUCAUGACCCCUCCCCUAUCAAAGUUUGAGAUUGCUAUUUGGGAGGGAGGAGACCCAGAAGACUGUUACAUUUAAACUAGGGGGAGAGCCAAAAAGAUGGUUAAAUCUCAAUGAGACUAAUUUUGAACUGGUCAACCAUGGAUUAUUGGCCUAAGAUUGAACCAUGUGUCCAUACACUCUUCCUUCCCCUUCUCCUCCUCUCAUUGCACCCAGCUUGGACACUUACAUCGUGCUUGUUAGGAAUGGAAACAUAACACUUGUGAGCUGCAGCACUUAAGCCUAAGUUCGGAUGUUAUGAGAAACUGUUGUAACGAGCCCCCAAUUUGGGUGCAUGAGAGGGGUAAGGAUCAUGUGUGUUGGGAGGCAUGCAGCUUGUUCUCAGGCCAAUAUCACUAUGGGUGACCUAGCCACCGUAUGUAGACUAUUUAAGUGGUGUCCAGUGUCUUUUGUUUGUAAAUGUUACUGGUGACUAAGCCUUUGGAGAAGUGGCUGUGUUGGCUUGGCGUAUCUGAGAUGGAUUUUUUAGGAGACACAUUGGAGACAGAGAAAGUGCAGAUAUGGUUAAAUUCCCAUCACAGCAGCACCUAUCCAUGCCUCCUUUUUGCUAUAGAGGUCUGAAGCUCAUAUUUUGUGUGUCAUGAUGGCUGAGCAGAAAACUUAAAAGGGUAGCAUAUUCUUUGCUCAGCUUUGGCUUCACAAUUACCAUACUGAUUUUACAUGAAAGUAGAGACAAGUGUACACUUCCCUAAAUGUGAAAGGGAUUUUUUUUGUUGCCAUACAAAAACCAGAAUUGUUUACUAGAGGCAAGGGAACAACUGCAGUGACUUCUGCAAUUCAAAUGGCGCCAGCCUUUCAAUUUCUGAAAUUUAAUGGUUCCCCCCCCCCUUGCUGCUUUGAAUAUGUUGUGUUAUUAGAUUUACAAAUCUAAUGGUGGUGGUAUAUUGCUGAGAUACUUGUGAAUGUCCUCAAGUUGCUAAGGAGUUCUGAGCCAGACAUAAUCUGCUCUGGCCUGAACUGUCUUGAUUUUCAGAUAGCAGAACUUGCUAAACAUUGAAGUGCUGAAGAUGUUCAGAAUAAUUCUUUGAGGGCAUUAAACUGGGUUUAAUUAUAAAGCUUCAUGACUGUGCCAAUAUCUAUCUUAAAAAAGAAAACAGUUGAGAGCAUAGGAAAGCACAUUCUAGACUAGGUGUGGGGAACCUUUGGCUCUCCAAAUGAUGCUGAACUACAGCUCCCACCAUCCCUGGCCAUUAGCCAUGCUGUUUGCAGCUGAUGGGACCUGUAGUUCAGUAACAAAGGUUCAGCCAAAGGUUCCCAGACCUGCUCUAGAAUGAAUGAAGAUUGCUGCACUAGAUGAGUGAGUGCUUGGUGUCCUCCUAUUGGAACCGGGUUUGUUGGAAAGGGUCUCUUUCAUCUGAGGUUUUUUUUUUUUUAAGUUUCCCAGGUUUGUGAUAUUUGCAAUCGUCUGUUUGUGCCACUGGCUAUACCAUCCAGUUGAAGUGGUCUAAGAUCCCAACUUCCCUAAAGCCACCUUGACUGUGCUCCUGUGAAAGAAGUGAAGUUGCCUGUUUCUUACACUCUGCUGUGACCAACUAAGGCAACUUAAUGGGGUGACAAUUUUAGAUGUUGCAGUGUAGGAGUUCAAGCUUUUAUGUAGGAGAUUAAACAACUCAAGCUUUAUGGAUGAAGGACCAGUUUUAAUGAGUGGCGCAUACUUGUUUUUUUUUGUAUUGUGGCUAUUUUAGCCCUGGUUGCUACUGUAAAGCAAAUGAGAGAGAAGUCAAUAAAGAUGGUAUUUCCUUCUAA